AUGGGCUCCAUCAGUGCAGCAAAUGCAGAAUUUUCUUUUGAUGUAUUCAAAGAGCUGAAAGUCCACCAUGCCAACGACAACAUCUUCUAUUCCCCCCUGAGCAUCAUUUCAGCCCUGGCCAUGGUCUAUCUGGGAGCAAGAGGUAACACUCAAUCUCAGAUGGAGAAGGUUCUUCACUUUGAUAACAUUACAGGAGUUGGAGACCCUAAUGACUCCCAGUGCGGCACUUCUGAAUACCUCCACAAUUCAUUCAAGAAUCUUCUCUCUGACAUCACCAUGCCAAAUGCUACGUACUCACUCAAGAUGGCUGAGAGACUCUAUAUUGAAAAAACAUACCCCGUUCUUCCGGAAUACUUAAAGUGUGCAAAGAAAUUCUACAAAGCGGGACUGGAAGAAGUUAACUUCAAAACAGCUACAGAGGAAGCAAGACAGCUUGUUAAUUCCUGGGUGGAGAAAGAAACAAAUGGACAGAUCCAAGAUUUCCUUAUGUCAGGCUCUGUUGAUUUCGAUACUGUGCUGGCCCUUGUGAAUGCCAUUUACUUCAAAGGGAUAUGGAAGAUGGCGUUUAAAGAAGAAGACACUCAGGAAAUGCCCUUCAAUGUGACAGAGCAAGAAAGCAGACCUGUGCAAAUGAUGUGUCAAAACAGUACCUUCAAAGUGGCAGCGGUGGCUGCAGAGAAAAUGAAGAUCCUGGAGCUUCCGUACGCCAGUGGGCAGCUGAGCAUGUUGGUGCUGUUGCCUGAUGACAUCUCUGGCCUGGAGCAGCUUGAGAAGAAAAUCAGCUUUGAAAAACUUACUGAGUGGACCAGUCCAAAUGUGAUGGAAAAGAGGAGAGUGAAAGUCUACCUCCCACGCAUGAAGAUUCAGGAAAAAUAUAACCUCACAUCUGUCUUAACCGCCUUGGGUAUGACUGACCUGUUCAGUCCUUCAGCCAAUCUGUCUGGCAUUUCUUCAGCAGAGACCCUGAAGAUGUCUGAGGCCAUCCAUGGGGCGUACAUGGAAGUCAAUGAAGAGGGCACUGAGAUGGCAGGCUCAGCAGGGGUGAUGGGAGACAUCAAACAUUCCUCUGAGUUGGAAGAGUUUAGGGCUGACCAUCCUUUCCUUUUCUUCAUCAAACACAACCCAACAAAUAUCAUCCUCUUCUUUGGUAAAUAUUGUUCCCCUUAA